CGGUGAUUAUGACUAUGCUUUAAACAAAAUCAAUUGGCUUCAGCAGAAUAUGACCGGCAUUGAAUUUGUGGCAAUAGCUCUUCCUACUGGACUAAACCCCUUUCAUGCUAAUCCUAAUCCUGGAAUUAAUACAACUCAUGCAACUAGUCAACCUAUGUUUGUCAUUGGGAUUGGAAUAACAACAACAUCUGGUAUCGAAUGGAUUGGAACCAUUAUAUUACUCUUAGAUGUGGUCUAG